AUGAAGGUAAUACUUUCUGUACUGUUCAUAUUGAUGAUCUCAAGUGCUCAAGCUUUGAACCACCAUGAUGGGUUCGCGGAAAGUCGGAAUGAUCACAAACAUGAACUAUCCCAUACUAUAAGAAAGGGAGGAGGUGGAUUCGGUGGAGGUGGAUUUGGAGGAAGUGGAAGAGGAGGAGGUGGAUUUGGAGGAGCAGGAAAGGGAGGAGGUUUUGGAGGAGGUGGAGGAAAGGGAGGAGGUGCAAAGGGAGGAAGUGGAGGAAGAAAGGGAGGAGGUGGAGGAAGAAAGGGAGGAGUGGGAUUUGGAGGAGCAGUUGCAGGUGGAAUUAUCGGUGGUGUUAUAGGCGGCACACUCGCCAAUGGCGGACACAAUGGUGGGCACAAUGGUACUCAUAAUUCUGCAUCAACAUUAUCGGGAGGGCCUCAUAUUUGUGUAUCAACAUUGAUUUUAUGUAUGAGCUUUUGGCUUUAG